CGCGCACUCUGAGGCGACAUCGGACAAGGACUGAUUGCCAGUGAGGGCGGGUCUCGACCAUAAAGCUUCGUGUGCUCGCUGUAUGCGACAGCUUGGUCCACGGGAAAAAUCCAAGGCUGUCAGUCUGGCGACAAAGAUGUGCAGCGGAACGAGUUUUGCUAGAAUUGGACCCUACCUUGCUGGAGACUGUGGUGGCGGCACGGGUCUACGAUGGCUUGGCACUCACGCAUACUCGACCGUCAACAACGCGCACUCUGAGGCGACAAAGAUGUGCAGCGGAACGAGUUUUGCUAGAAUUGGACCCUACCUUGCUGGAGACUGUGGUGGCGGCACGGGUCUACGAUUGCUUGGCACUCACGCAUACUCGACCGCCGGCAACGCACUUCUCCGAUUUCGCCGACCUUUGCUAGCCUCAAGCUAAGCCAACAGGACCAUUAGUGCUGCCUGCGAUAUGCGUACUUCUCCUCGCGCUAAG